AUUUAUUCCUAUGGUUGUUUUUUAGAAACAUUUUCUGCAGUCAAGAAUUACAUUCAUAGUAAUGUGUACUAAUAGAUAGAAUCAUUCUUCUUUAAUGGGAUAUUCCUAAAUUAAAAAAUGUCAGGAUAUCCCCGAACAGAAGAGGGUUUACACGCUGCUAUGGAAUAUUCUUAUCUUAAUCAAGCCACCUUUGAGACUAUGGAUUUACAACCAACUUGCCAAUUGCCCUAUGGGGAUCCUUGUGCAGCUCAACAAGCCUAUAGGUAUUCACCCAUGGCCAGAUCAUUUUCGGCACCCCCAUCAGGACCGUCCUGUGGCAUGAUGUCAUCCAGACCCCGUCUUCAUUCCGACCAUCCAUCAUCUAUGACACCUCAUCAUGGUCCGUUUACGGGAUUACCAGUCUCUUAUAUUUCAGCUGCCAGCCUUCCACCAUACAAAGUAUAUCAUGAAGGAGUUUUAACAGAAAAAAGAAAACAACGUAGGAUUCGAACCACAUUUACAAGUGCUCAAUUAAAAGAGUUAGAAAAAGCCUUCCAAGAAACACAUUAUCCAGAUAUCUACACAAGAGAAGAAAUUGCUCUUAGGACAGAUUUAACAGAAGCAAGAGUACAGGUAUGGUUUCAAAAUCGCCGAGCCAAAUUUCGGAAACAAGAACGUUUAAAUCAGCAAAAACAAGCCCAACAAUCCAGCCAAAAGUCAAACAAUAAUCAGUCGAGUAACGCACAUAACAACAACAACAACAACAAUGGCAAUCUCAUUAACAGUAAUGGAUCGUCAAAAGACCAAGAAAAAUCAUCUAUGAUGCCACCACCGCCACCUCCUAAAUCAUUAAAUGGAAAAACAGUGUUGGAUGUGAAGUGGAGUGGAUCACCAUGUGCACAAAACGCCGUCCUACCUCCGUCCUCAUUUCCUUUGACGUUUCCACCUGUAGACAGUAAACCCAUCCUCUUUCAAUAGAUGUGUAUAUGAUUUAAUAAUAAAAACUUUCAUCCUUU